AGACGCCGUGGUGCUGAGGCGGCGAGACCGGUACCGGGAUGUGGCGGCUGCUGCUGGCGCUGGCCUGGCUCGGCAGGGCCCUGCCUGCAGGGGCGGCGGAGCAGAGCACGGGAGGGCAGCCCCGCUGCCAAGGGGGCGGCCCCGCGCAGGACGGCGGCGAGCCGGUGCGGUACCGGACUGCGGAGAUGGCGGAUGCGAUGCAGGGCUGCGGGGUCCCCACGCCGCAGCAGGCCGUGGUGCUCUCGGUGGUGCCCGGGGAGGCGAAGGACGGCCCGGAGGCCGCCGGGGCUACCGGGGUUUGCGACGCGUUGGCCGGAGGUGAUGCAUGCGGCGCGACGGGCAGCCAGUCCCGGGAGCAAGCCGGGCUGGAGACGGUGUCGCCUGUGCCCGCCGAGGAGACCAACAGCACCGACAGCGCCAAGGCUCCCAAAGUGAAUUGUGAAGAGAGGAACACGACUGGUAUGGAGCGCCUAAUGCUGCAGAUCCUGAACGUGUCGCAGGACCUGAUGGAGUUCCUAAACCCAAACAGCAGUGACUGCACGUUGGUCUUGUUCUACACACCGUGGUGCCGCUUUUCUGCCAGCCUGGCACCUCAUUUUAAUUCCUUACCUCGAGCGUUUCCAACUCUUCGCUUCCUGGCCCUGGAUGCAUCUCAGCACAGCAGUUUAUCAACGAGAUUUGGAACUGUGGCUGUACCCAAUAUCCUCCUUUUCCAAGGUGCUAAGCCUAUGGCUAGAUUUAAUCAUACAGACAGGACACUGGAAACACUGAAAGAGUUCAUUUUUAAUCAAACAGGAAUAGAAGCGAAAAGUGACGUGGUUGUGACCAAGGAGGACUGGGAAGGGCCCCUGCCCAGCGUUCUGACAAAGGGCAUAGACUGGUUGCUCCUGUUCUCACUGCUCUUCCUGGCCAGCUUUGUCCUCUAUGCCACCGUGCGCACGGAGAGUAUUCGGUGGCUGAUCCCGGGACAAGAGCAUGAGCAUCAGGAAUAAUCUGAGAUCCUGAAACAGGAAAAGAAUUUCCUGCUUAUUGGUAAUGCAGGAAUUUGUAUGGACUACAAGCACAGAAGGACGAGCUGUUGAAUUUGGUGGUUGUAAUUUAUAACGUUGACUAAAUAUCUGCUUUAUUCAUCAAGCUGUAAAAAGCGAACAUGUGGCAAUUACUGUGGUAAGUAAACAAAUAUGAAAACCAUGAACUAAACAAGUAUUUCUUAAGCUGAUCAGCUUAUUGUUCCUGGACUGUAACAAAUAGGUGGUGCAGUUCUCCUCUCCUCUCCUGAAGAGGUCCUCAAGCUCCAUCGAUCAAGAUGUGUACAGCAUCACCCUGGCCUGGCUGUGAGGCGCUGCCUGGCACAGGAGCAGAGGCACUUCUGCUCUGGUACAACCUGUGGAUCUUUUUCAGAUCCUACAGACAUAGGAACUAAAGCUGUUGUGCGGUGUGGUAAACACAUAGAAUUAGGAUGUGUUGACCACACAGAUCAUUUUUGGGUUUUGGCUUGUGUAUUCCUGGAAUGUUUCAAAGGAAACCACAGGUGAGUGGUUAUGGUGCUAAUUGACUGUCAGGAAAAUUAACUAUGAGAAAAAAGAUGGUUUGGCCUUACUCUUUUUUUUUAAUAAAUCAGGUUUUUAGUGUAACCUUUUAAGUCACUUUCUCACAGGACUAAAAGCAUGAACUUCUGAAGUACUGGUCACCUGCCCCACUUAGCAAACCCAGAUUUGGUUGCACAGGCUGCAGCUGAGGCUAUGCAAAGAACUGAUACGGUUUCUAGCUAUAAAUAGUGUGGAAGACUUUGAAUGAGGUAUGGACUGGUAUUUUGUGUGGGGGCUUGGAUUAUCUGAUUGCGUGGCAUUUAUACACAGGGGAGGCUUGACAUAGUACCCUGACAGGAAGCUUUAGAGUGCAAAUUGAGCUGAAAUGAAACAAAGACACACAAACCCAGUAAGAUUCAUUGUUUGCAGAGCAGUUAUUUAUCAGGUAUUUUUCUGGUGGAUGUGUCUUUCCCCUUUAGCAGCCUCAGGCUCUGUAUUUCUGUGUAUGAGAAGGAAACUGUGCAAACACAACGUUGGUAUUGCUGCAGCUAAAGCCAGGCUGUAAUUUACUAAUAAAGAAUGAAGAAUCUGAA